CCGCCACGAGUAGCCAAUGGGGAGCGAGAGGCACCGCCCACCCGGCGGCGAGCAGCCAAUAGACGCGCGAUCUGGAGGAGAGGGGCGGGGCAAAGCGGGAGCCGGGGCGCGGUACCGGGGGUACCGAUAAGGCGGGGUCCGGGCGCGGUACCGGGGGUACCGGUAACGCGGAGCCCGGGCGCGGUACCGGGGGUACCGGUAACACAGAGCUCGGGCGCGGUACGAGGGGCGCGGUACCUGGGGCGCUAUAGAGCCCGAUUAUCCUGUACCGCUAUUGCCGCCGUUCGCGCUCGCCGCCGCGGUGUGUCCCUGCGCGGCCACCGUAGCGGCCGCCGUGCGCAUGCGCGGCAGCGCCAUGGAGACGGACGGGGCCUACGAGCCGGGCUUCGUCGGGAUCCGCUUCUGUCAGGAGUGCAACAACAUGCUGUACCCCAAGGAGGACAAGGAGAACCGGAUCCUGCUCUAUGCCUGCCGCAACUGUGACUAUCAGCAGGAGGCCGACAACAGCUGUAUCUACGUCAACAAGAUCACCCACGAAGUGGACGAGCUCACCCAGAUCAUCGCUGACGUGUCGCAGGACCCCACGUUGCCCCGCACCGAGGACCACCCCUGCCAGAAGUGCGGCCACAAAGAAGCCGUCUUCUUCCAGUCCCACAGCGCCAGAGCCGAGGAUGCCAUGAGGCUCUACUACGUCUGCACCGCGCCCCACUGUGGCCACCGCUGGACCGAGUGACCCCCCGAAACACCCCCAUUGGGGCUGUCACCCCAAAACCUCCUGUCCCAUCACCCCCCCAACGGGGUGUCCCCCCCCCCCCGAGCACUGGGUGGCAUUUUGGUGACAAUAAUGGUUCUUAUGGGCAAAGAAA